GCGUUGUCCGACCCAUGUAUUUGCGGUUUCAACAAGACUCCAAUCAUAGUAACACCUUGACACCAGAUGGAUUUUCGCAUAUAGCACCCAGCUACCUGCAAUCUCCAGCCUAUGCGUCGAGGAAACUGUUGGCCACUUCCGCACCGGAUCUGAUGAAUCAAACAUGGCCGCCGCCCCAGCAGCAACGCGCGGAAAAUUCGCCAGUACGCAUGCGCAAAGCGGAAACUGCGUUGGACGGCGGCGGUUAUUACGUCACCGCGUCUCCGCCUUACCGCGUCACCGCUUCACCGCCCCACGUCAGCAUAAAUCCUAACAGUCUGCCGCCCCUGGUGGCAGCCAGUCAGGAUUGGCCGCCUCCAAGGUCUACCGCCCCCGGAGGCUACCACUGGAGCCUCAGCUCUAGCUCAGAUAACCAGCAGAUGAUCCAUCAUCAUUCUCAUCAUCACCAUAAUCAUCAUCAAAUG